GGUCGGAGGGACGGUCGGAGCGCGAUCCUGGACAAUUCGGUGGUUCCUUCUUGACGUGGUUUGCCGUUCGGGACCUGCAGCGAACUUGAACCGCUGCUCUCUCCGCUGGCUGUGUGAGCCCAGUUUAGUUGCAAACUUAGCCAACGCCACCGACUCGCGCGCGUUCGACAGGUAUUUUCGAGGAGACCCCUAGCCAGUGAAGUGAGUGUGUGCAUUUUUUAAAUUUUGGCCGCACGGUGUGUGCCAUUCAGUGUUGUGUCCCCUCUUGCUGAAGAAAUCCUUCGCGUGAAGCCGACGGAGCGUGAUAUUUUGGUGGGCCCUCGGUGGGCACGGAGUGGGGCGCGGGAUAUGCUGCUAGAUCUCCAUGAUCUCUGUGCGGGCUGAGUGAGGGAGGGAUAGUAGUGAAGGAGGGGUCCUGGGAGACAGUGCCGAGCUGAAAUCAACAACAAUAAAGGAAAACUAGUGCAACAAUAAGACAGCUUAAAAGCGGGGGCUUACGGCUCGUUUUCCUUUGGGUGGGAGUGUGGGACGUGAAUCAGAGUCGUGAGAAGAAUUACGCCAUACAUCGAAAUCCGGACGAAAUGUAGAACCCGUUCGCCUCUUUCGAUCGCCAACCGUCUGAUAUGCACCACCGGCCAAAGGUGCACAUCCGAGACGAACCACGAUCUGCUAAUGCCGGACCACCGCGCUCUCGUAUGGAUUCAUCGUCCGCAUCGUACAGCAGCAAACGUCACAAAUCGUCAACAGCCAGCGGUUCCUCCACUACCCGUAAUCCGUCCGCGGUUAUGCGAGGAGACUCCACUGUAGUCUCCGUAUCCACAGUCAGCAGCAGUACCGGCCGAAGUACCGACCUCGACGCUCGUCUGUCAGGAAGCAGUCAAAGUCACAGUCGCAAGCUAAGUCCCGGAAGUGAGAGCGCUGUCAGUUCGUCGACGACCAGCUUUCGGGGGGUAGGUCUUGGAAGCGGGGCAUCGUCAUACUCCGGAGGCUUAGCAGCGGACGCUGUCAGCUUGGACCGGGCAGCAGCUCUCUUGCGACAUCGAACGGGCUCUUCUGGGACGUCUACCGAUGGUUGUUCGGUGGGUGCGCUGUCUUCGGGUUUGAAAGAUUCUAGCAAGUGUCCAACACCAGGUUGCGUAGGACUUGGCCACGUUACCGGGCUAUACUCUCAUCACAGGAGCCUCUCUGGAUGCCCGAGGAGAGACAAGGUUUCCUCUGAAUUACUCGCCCUCCACGAGACUAUCCUCAAAUGCCCGACACCCGGUUGUAACGGACGAGGCCACGUCAGCGCUGGUCGCAACUCACACCGAAGUUUGUCCGGCUGUCCGAAGGCUGCCGCCAGCAAGGCAGCUGCCCGCGAAGUAAAAUAUCAGAAUGGAUUACUCUUCCGUCAGAAACUACACUCAGCAGUGUUGAACUACCAGCAUUUGAACGAAUACAGAUCACCUUUGCUAGGUCAAAUUCCACAGCAAAACCGCAGUCACUCACCGGGGGUGGAUAAUCGAGGAGCCCCUGUUGAAGAACCCCAGAAUCUUAAAACUACUGAAAGGAGAGAAUUCGACAGUCAGCCGUCACUAGCGACCGAAGAUAAAACGGUGAUCAAAACCGAGAAACCGGACUUUGAUAGCGAGUCGGUAACUGGAAACAGAGAUAGCACCAUGCUAGACAGUAGCAGCAGCUAUGGUCGCGAUGUCGACUAUCGUUACGGUCACCAUCAACAGCAACAAUCGCAGCCCCAACAGCAGCAUCAGCAGUAUACGAACUCCCACAUGAGUAACUCCGCCUUGGGUUACGACUUCGGGGGGUACCCAAACCGAUCGUACGACCAGGGGGCAUUCGAUCGUUUCGACCCGGCAUACGCUUCCGCUUCCAGGUAUGGUCCAUACGGAGCAGUACAGCCUCUCAUGGACGACUACAGCUCCUCGGCAGCGAUGGGGUUUCAACAGCUGCCGCAGGGCCAAGCUACGAGUCUUGGUCUUGCAGAGGCAGCAUCAGCAGCAGCACCACCACCACCGGUGCUCAAGGUGGAGAUGGACGACAACAGCAGUUCAACUGGUCCGAUUUGUCCCCGGCCGGUGUAUCAACAGUACGAACCGUCGAACCCCAGCAACCCUGCCAAUACUGGUGGGACGGUAGCACAGUCGACAACUCCAACUCAACCACCGUCCACCGGGAGGAUGGGCUUUUCGGCGAUCAAUUUGAGUGUCAAAACGAGUCCGGAUACGAUUACGGAGGGUGUUACCGCUAAUCAGGCCAGUAGAUCACCAGUGCCCGGUGAACGGGCUCCGGUGAUGGAUUUAUCGACCGCAAAUAUUUCCUCCAGUGGUCGUCAGAGUCCGAGAACUUCGGAGAAUCAAAUCGUCAGUGGGAGUCAAAUUUCCAGCCCGCAGACGUUGGAUUUGAGCGUGAAUCGACUAUCGAAUAGCACUUCGAGUCCUCAGAGCAAUCAGCGAGCCUCUUCGGGAUCACCCGUUCCACGGUCUCCGCAGGCCGAACCGGUAGAUUUCAGUGGCCCAUCGAGACCCGGACUGGGCUUUGGGUUUAUGGCUCCGCCACCUACGAUGGGUUACAGUCGGGAAUCCACUCCGGACAGUGCGUCAUCGCACUAUAUUUCCUCCGACGGCUAUCGGGAUCAUAGCGGUUACAGCCCUCAUCCGAGCUACGGUAUGGCAAUGGAAUAUGCCACCGCCGGUUCGAGUUACCCUGGAUACGGCCCACCGGGAGCAUACCAGGCUUGCAGUCCGUACGGAGCGCCUCCUCCCCAUCCCCUGUACUCCACCGGGGCGUACUCCGGAGGACACUACUCGAUGCCACCACCGAGCCACAUUCCCUCCCAGGAUCGGCUGCUGAAGGAUGGAUUGACAGGCCUCUGCAGAUCGUAUCAUCAUGGGAACUCCCAGGAGCUGAAGUGUCCCACGCCGGGAUGCGAUGGUUCUGGCCAUGCCACGGGCAACUAUUCCUCCCACCGGAGUUUGUCUGGGUGCCCGCGGGCUACGAGACCGAAGAACAAACCCAGGGAUGGAUGCGAGGCGGAACCGCUGAGGUGCCCGAUUCCGGGAUGUGAUGGUUCUGGUCACUCUACCGGCAAAUUUCUCUCCCACCGUAGCGCAUCCGGCUGUCCAAUCGCAAGCAAGACCCGCAUGAGGAUCAUCGAUUCCGGUGGAGGUGAUACUCUUGGUGCACUGAAAUUCAGCAGUGCUUCUGAAUGCUCGACUCCCGACUGCGAAGCUUCCACGGUUUCUAAGAAAAUGAAAUAUUCUGACGAGGAGUCCGAUAAGUUGAUGAAAAAUUACAAUGGGAUCAACGAUUUGGUUUCCUCGAAUGACAUCCGAGACAGCGAUGCGUCCAACGGAUCCCAUAUGGAUACCCACCAGUCGGAUCAUUCCAGCAAUAGCUACGCAUUCCCAAGCAAUCCCUCCGGUUCAAGUAAUAGUAGCCAACCACCGCAUCAACAGCAGCAGCAGCACCCUCAAGCGGCGGAUGGCACCGGUGAGGACCUGCUUUCCCUGGAGGCCGAAAUUACCGAACUGCAGCGGGAGAACGCACGUGUCGAGUCGCAGAUGCUGCGACUCAAGACCGACAUCAACGCCAUCGAGACGCAGCUAGGUCACGCCGAUCGGAAAGCUGAAACUGCUCCAACUCAUGACGGCUACUAUGAAGGCUUACGAAGCAACGUGAUCUCGCUACUGAAACCACCUUCCUCGGAACCAGCUGGCAGCGUCUCCGGCAACGAGCCGAGGGAUCCACCAGCCAACGCAAUCGCGAGAAGAGAAACCGACAGCAAUAUGGUGGGCGAAAAGUUGCCCACUCAAAACACCAACCACAACAAUAAUAACAACAACAACAACAACAACAACAACGAGAUUUGCAGGAAUCUGAACGGAAACAGCAACUCAGCACCAACGUCAACGCCCAACAACGGGGAGCCCCAUUUCGAUCAAUAUCUCUCCAAGCUGCAAUCGUUCUGCAACGAUGCCCCGAUGGCAAGGAGUGCCAAAGAUGGCCACGGCAUGGCUCACCAACAGUACUACCAGCACCCAGUUAACCAGGGUUACCAUCACGAGGGGCAACAGUUCGGCCAGCUCGGCCAGGAGGACGCCGAACGGUCACGGUACUACGAAUCGCUGAGGCUGGGCUCGGUAACGGAUUAUGGGCCGGCCAUUGCGGCCACGUCCAUCUGAGUGAAAUUGGUGUCCUAUUUGUGUAUACUAGUAUUUAGCGUUAAGGUCAUCGAUGUAUAACGAGCCGAAAGCAAGAGAUAACGAGUACGAUUUUUAACUUUUAUAUAUUUCCCCUAUUGUUUCCGAAGGUGUAUACCAUUACUACAAUCCUCUACAUAUCAGUAGAUUUUAGUAUGUUAUGGGCUCAGCACAGAAUCAGUUUACCAGAAUGAAAUCUCUUGGUUGUAUUUAAAAGACAAAACUAAAUGAUUGAUAUUGUCAUGACAUUAUUAUUUAAGGUUUCGUCGAAUGCUACAAUAAAAUCU